AGCACAAGGUGGAUUCUUCUCUCUGGGAGUGCUGAGUGCCCCAGCUCCUUGUUUCAGAACAGGCCCCUGCAACCUGUCCCAGGCUCUGCUUCUCUGCUCUCCUGGGAACCACUUGCCUCUCAGACAAGAGGAGCCUGUAGCACCAGGGUUGGAUCUGGAGUCAGGGUGUGGGACUCGGGCAGUGAACUGCAGACGCAAUUUCUGAAAACAGAUUUGGGGUCGGCUGAGAUCUUGCACUGCUAAGUUAGAGAUAUUUAUGAAGUCCCGGAUUUUCAAGUAGCUGUGAGGAAAUGAAGGAUUGCUGCAGGGGCUCUUUGCUCUUUCAUCUCCCCUCCCUGCUUCUCCUCUUCCAGCUGCCCACUGGGGGUUCUGCAGAGGAGUUCGUGGUGAUUGGCUCCUCGGACCCCAUUGUGGCAGUGCUGGGUGGGAACAUCACGCUGCCAUGUCGUGUGUUUCCGGCCAUGAAUGUGGAGAACAUGGAGCUGCGGUGGUUCCACUCCAAUUUCUCAGAAGCAGUGUUCAUCUAUCAAAACCAGCAGGAGCAGAGAGAGGAGAAGUUGGCCCAGUACACAGGGCGCACCUCACUGGUGAAGGAAUUCCUCACCUGGGGGGAGGCCAUCCUGCACAUCCACAAUGUCCAGGCUUUUGACAAUGGCCUAUAUACCUGUUUCUUCAGAAAGGGAAGCUUCUAUGAAUCUGCCAGUUUGGAACUGAAGGUGGCAGGUGUGGGCUCUGGCCCUGAAAUGCACAUCACAGGGCCAGAGGAGGACGGGGUCCGAGUGGUGUGUAAGGCAUCAGGGUGGUUCCCAAAGCCCCAGGUGCAGUGGAGAGCCCUCAGUGAAGAGAAGUUCCUGAUGUUCUCUGAGACCCAUGUCCAAAAUGCUGAAGGGCUGUUCAGUGUGGAGGCUGCUCUGGUGGUGAAACACAGGUCUUCAAGGACUGUGACCUGCUCCUUCCUCAACCCAAUCCUGAGCCAGGAGAAGGCGAUGGCCAUUUUCAUCCCAGAGGACUUCUUUCCCCAGACUUCUCCCUGGAUGUCAGCUUUCAUGGGGAUCCUGACCUUGAUGAUGCUCUUACUCCUUGGGACUGCCUACUACACCAAGAGAGAACAUACUGCAAAGUGCCAGGAGAUGCAGGAAUGGGAGAAACUCCACAGGGAAAAGGAGGAGGACCAGUGGGCAAAGGAGGAGGCACUGAAGGCCAGAGAUGAACUCCAAGCAGAUCUUGACUGGAGGAAAUCUGUUUACCUGGCUGCCUGGAGCAAGGCACAGCUGUAUGCAGAUUGGUGGAAGGAGAAGUUCCAGCCCUUGUCAGUUACUCUGGAUCUAGAGUCUGCACAUCCAAACCUUGCUGUUUCUGAUGAAAAGUCUAGUGUGACCUGGAAGAAUACAACUAAGGACCCAGGAAAACACUGUAGCAUCUUAGGUCAGGAGGGCAUCACAUCAGGACACUGUUACUGGGUGGUGGAGAUCAGGAAUGGAGACAGAAGUGAGUGGUGUCUGGGUAUCUGUAGAAGAGAUGUGGAGAGGACAUACUGCUACCAAGAGUGCCCAGAAAGGGGGUUCUGGGCUGUGGGAGUAUAUUUGCAAAAUUAUUGUGCAUAUUCCAACUCUGUGAUUCCACUAUCCUGUAGGCAAGCUCCCCACAGGGUUGGGGUUUUCUUGGACCUCAAGGAAGGGGAUGUCUCCUUCUACAACAUGACUGAUGGCUCCCACAUGUUCUCCUUCCCUCUAGCUUCCUCCUCUGGGGCUCUGUUUCCAUAUUUCAUGUUGAGGUCAGGAGAUGUGUCCCUGACCAUCUGCUCUGUGGUGGGUGGGCCUGCAGAGACCCCAGUGACCCUUAACAAUCUUCCUUCUUCUUUGGAGGAGCCUGUGAGCCUCUCAGGGGUGGGGUUCAACUCAGUCUCUGGUGUUGAUGGUGCUCUUCCUGGGGCUGAAUGUCCAUUACUCCCCUGCAGCCCUGAGGCUAUGUCCCCAUAGAGCCCCAACACUGUCCCAGACUCCUCAUGAUGGCUCUUCCUGGAGCUGCAGACUCCCUGGGGCAAAAGCCUCUGGGGUUAGCCCUGGAUGACCUGGUGUCUUGCCUUCCUGCUCUGGAUGAAGACUUCCUAGGGUGUGGUUAUGAGAACAGUCAGUUCACGCCUUAUGCUCAGGUGAGAAAAGUUAAAAGUUGACUGUUUGUUUGUGCUGGUUUGGAGCAGGCUGAAUUUUACUAUUGGAAGUUAUGUUUCUUUUGGUAAUGAAAAUUAUUUCAUGGAGUCUUUAUAUUCUUUGGAUAUGAAAGGAGAUGAGGGCUGAAUGACUCUGCGGGAUUACAUGGUGUUUGUUUUAUCUAGCUUGAGUUGUGCAGAUAAACCCAGAGGCUACAGGUGGGUCAUCAGCUCUAUUUUGGGAAAUCUACACUCUGACCAGAGACAUUGGCCAUCCAAAAAUUUCUGGAGAAAUGGAUGGCUGAUGGACUUUAAGAAGAGAUGAGUCUAAUAUUCUAUUGUAUAAAUUUCCUAUUCUGCAAUGGAUGAAACACACUUAUGAUAUCUUAGUAAAUUUCUGUUAUUUGAAAAACUAAUGCUGUGUUAAAUCAGGGAAUUAAGGAUGAGGAUCUGGGUUCCCCUUUUGUGUCAACACCAGUUGGAAAGAACAGAAUUGCUACCAGAACAAAGAUGUGAAUGGUGAAGAGAGUUUUCAGAUGCCCGGUGAAUUGAAGAAAGCGUUGAUCAUGAGCACAGUUCCAGGAUCUAUGUACUGCCUCUCAGUACUUCCAAGUCCAAUGAAUAAGGUAUCAACCACAGAAAAUAAAAAGACACCAGACUAUUUAGGGCUCAGACCUUCAGGCAUGAAGGUGUAUUCACUCCACAGGUAGAGAAUUCUGACCUGCUGUGCUUCUGGGAGAGAUGAGAAGACACAGAAUUGGAAAUGGAAGAAGGGAGUCACGGAUAUCAGUUCCUGCCUGUGACCAGGCAGAGAAAAAGGACUGUAGUAGCUUUGCAUAUUUUUUCUUUCUUGUCAUAUAGAUGUGUUUAUUUGUAUUUAUGAUCUAUUUUCUUCCUCUCUCUUCUAACCUUUAUGAUUUUAUUCAAGUUGUUGAUGGUUAUAUUUAAAAUAGAGCCUCUAUAGGAAACCAUCAAAAUUCUAGAGGAGAACACAGGCAGAAUAGUCUUUGACCUUGGCCACAGCAACUUGGUACUAGACAUGUCUCAGAAGCAAGGGGAACAAAAGCAAAAAUGAACUAUUGGGACUUCACCCAGAUAAGAAGUUUUGGCACAGCAAAGGAAACAAUCAACAAGACUAAAAAGCAGGGUACAGAAUGGGAGAAGCUAUUUGGAAAUGAUAUACUUACUAAAGGGUGCUAUCCAAAAUCUAUAAAGAACAUAUUAAACUCAACAACCACAAACCAAACAAUCCAGGUAAGAAAGGGGUAGAAGUUAGACAUUUUUUUCAAAAAGACAUCCAGAUGGCUAACAGACACAUGAAAAGGUGCUCAACAUCAUUCACAUCAGGGAAAUACAAAUCAAAACCACAAUGAGAU